AUGGCGAAACGUCGCUUCGUUAGCGAUCUGAAACCAGAGGCGACCUUCGUUCCACGACAUCAUCCUUCCCGACAAGUCAGUGCACCUCAGAAUGAAGAUAUUGGCGUGUGGGUAGACAAGCGCGAAUGGGAUGCGCUUGUCCGUCAGAAGAUUGACAGCGCCGCGGGAACCUCUAUCGACAAGGCUCCUUGCACAGAAGACAAGCCAAGUCCUGCCGUCAUUGAGCCUUUGAUCGCUAUUUACUUCUCCAGGAUCCAUCCAAUUUUGCCUUUGCUCGACGAAGCUGAAUUCCGACGGGAGUUUACCAACAAUACUGUGGCUGAACCUUUAGUCCAUGCGAUGUGUCUGGUCGCUGCCAAAGAUGCUGCUGCAGAGCCUCAUAUGCAAUUGAGUGGCAGCGUUAGCGUGCUGAUCUCACGUGAAUUCUGUAGCAGACUCCAUGCCACCAUCAUGGCAGCUACGCGAGUACCUAUCAAAUACGAAAAGAUUGCCUUAAUUCGCAUUCUGGCCCUGUUAUCUUUACAUGACGAAGGACCAGAUGGCGCCGAGGAGGCCUCUUUGUGUCUCACCCAGGCACUACACCAUGUUCAAACCUUGGGUUGGCACUUAGGCCAGCAUAACGGCAUAGGUUCUGAAGAUGGCCUGACUACCAAGCGAAUCUUCUGGUGUCUUUGGAGUCUUGAUCGAGUCAGUGGUUGCAUUCGCGGCCGGCCCAUCAUGAUGAGCGACGUAGAUAUCGCUAUCGAGCCGUUUGAGCCUGGCGAAAGCGGGUUCUGUGCGUUUGAAGUAUGGUUGUACCUCUGUCGCCUACUCAAUCAGAUCAUCGGCUACUACAGACCUGGAAACCCUUCGACCGUGACUGGCUGGGAGGAAGGAUUCCCCAGCUUUGAGGCUGCAGUCGACCAUGGUCACGGCUGGAACCUCCCCCGACAUACACUUGCCACCCUUCACCUGUUCUACCUCCUGCUUGCCGUGCUCUCACACCGCUCGCGCAGCAUAAAAUAUGCGCCCCGUGCCUCAUCCUCGUACGUUCGGCAGAGCCUGUGCGCGAUCGAGAUCAAUCGGAUGAUGGGCUCAUAUCUGCUCACAGAGUUACAUCCACUACCUAUACUUCCAUACGCUAUUUCACUUGCUUUGUCAGUAUCAUAUCAGCAUCUUCGGCAGUCUCGGUUGCACCAUCAACAGGAAGAUGCACGAUCUGACUUCCGUGACGGUUGUCAGAUCAUACAGAAAUUACGACGGGCGUGGUCAUCAGCCGACACCAUCGCAGCACUUUCCAAAACCGUCCUUGAGCGGCUCGAAAAGGCCACGGACCUGUCCUCUUUCAGCAUUGGUCGCGAGCUUCGGAUGAGUAGUCCGACCAUUUGCACAGCUUCGAUGGACAAGCCGGAUACACUGAUCGACCAACGGACAGGUGCUGAGCUACAGGAGGCACAGAGCGGUGUUGGCAUCCAUGACUCGGCGAUAGCAACGGGCAACUCAUCAUCCUCGACAGUCAUGGGCCCUGACACAUCUGGAGCGUUGUUCGAUGGCAUGGAUGAUAUAUUCGAGACUUACCUCGACUUAAACAAUCCGCUCAACCUGGAUGACUUUUCGUUCAUGGAUGACGUCGGGUCAAUCGACUGGACUCGACUGCCACAUUGA